AUGGCAGGUAUUUUGAAUCUUUUAGAAAUCCUUCAGCUUCCGGAAACGACUAUCGAUGUUGAAACAAUACUUACCCAGUUCCUUACCCUGAGCGACGCUGACAAGGCAACUUGUCGCCUAAAUACAGCGGAGAGAAUAUUUCCAGCAAUUUUUGGAGAUGAUGCCAUAAUACACAGCGAUGUCAAUUUCUCGACGCAGAAUGAAACAACUUGGUCUACCAACUGUCAGCUGGCUCCUGGCAUUAUUGUUACACCGCAGACUCCUCGGGAUGUUGGCAAAGUUCUCGCGCUCUGCCGAUUUCUGGACAUCAAGUUCUCCGUCCGCAGCGGCGGCCAUCUUCACAACCCAGGAUUCACAAGUAACAAUGGCGGCAUGGUUCUCUUGAUGAAGAGAUUCAACACGGUCAGCCUCUCCGAAGAUCGCUUAACAGCAGAUAUUGGAGUCGGACAAACCUGGUUUGAUGUCUAUAAAGCUCUCGAAAAGUAUGGACUCACAGUAACUGGGGGACGUCAGCCUUCCGUGGGUGUUGCUGGCUUGCUUCUGGGGGGAGGCCUGGCAUUUCAGAACAGUGAGCGUGGAUUGAGCUCUCAUGGUGUCGUGGAAUAUGAGGUAAAUGGCGAAUGGGCUUUUCUUAUGCUGGUUAGAAAUGCUGACUUUGUACCGAAGAUUGUUCUAGCAGACUCGACAGUUGCCAAGGUCAACGCUACCAGCAACAAGGACCUCUUCUGGGCCCUGAAAGGCGGAGGCCCUAACUUUGGUGUCGUGACGAAAGUCACCAUGUCAACACUUCCCAACAAUAUAUGGUGUGAAGGUCUAAUUUACUCCCCAGGAGAAAAUACAAAUCUCUUCAAAUCUAUCAUGAACUACCACAAAGCGAGCGAAAAGGACCCCAAGGCUAAUCUAAUAUGCCACUUUAUGGAAGACGCCACACUCUUCAUUUUCCUUUAUGCUGGCACGGUUGACCACAAACCAGCUGUUUUCGACACCUUUGAUAAGAUCGAGUGUCUAACCCGGGUGCUUCCAUCUAAAAUAUACACGGUCUUUGAGGUUGUCAAUCUCUUCGCAAAUUUUACCACUACUGAGCCUAAGAGCCAUGAUAUGCGAGUCAUGACAAGUCUUCCUGACUUGGAUGUCUACAACGCCAUUGAAUCAUGUCGUCUUGAGCAACUGGAAGCAGUAAAAAGCGUCCACGGGGCUCGUCUGAUUAUGAACAUUCAGCCUAUUUCUUCCAGCGCUUCUAGGGCCUGCGAUAACCAAGGGGGCAAUCCUCUAGGCCUAAAGCCCGAGUCACAGCAGUGGCUCCUGGUUAUGGUGGACUGGUCGCACCCAGAGGACGAGGCCACUAUGCUGGCAGCAAGCCGUAAAAUCAUCGACCAAGCUGAGUUCGUUGCGAAGAAGAAUGGCACCUAUCUUGAUUUCAAGUAUUCGAACUAUUCUUCGCGAGACCAGGAUCCAUUGGCUGCCUAUGGAUCUGAGAAUUUGAGCAAGCUCAGAUCGGUUGCGAAGGAAGUCGACCCCCAUGGUGUUUUCCAGAAGCUGCAAAAUGACGGAUGGCUGCUUUCCAAGACUGCCUAA